UGUAUUCAAUUAAAUAUAGGUUGAACAUGAUUUGCAAAUCAUUGUAUUCUGUUCUUAUUUAUGUUUAACACAACGUCCCAACUUCAUUGGAAUUAGGGUUGUAUACUAAAUCAUUAAUAGCACAUUAUUAUACUGUAUGCUAUAUCUACUACAGUACUCCUGCAGUAAUUAAAAUACUGUAUCUAUAAAAGAAUACCAAAAAAAAUAUUAUCAAUUAAGGGACCAAUAUUUUAUUGUACACAUCUAAUGAUUACAAAAUUUAAAUGUAUUAUAGAGAGUACUUUUAUCCUGGGGCGGAACCACAUCAAAAAUUUUAUGAAUCCGACCCCUCCCCCGCUGUGUUAUGAAAACAGCGCUGUUGUAAACUGAUCUUGUAUGUUGUGCAACACUGCCGUGUUUGUGUGAGUGUGUGAGGCAUCAGAGCGUUGAGAGAAUGUUUCCCCGGUGUGAAGAGUGGAAUAUUUCCUUUGCGGGAUGCGGUUUCCGAAGCGUUUACUACCUGGGAGCAGUGACGUGCAUCCUGGAGCGAGCGCCGCACGUGGUGCACGGAGCCUCCAAGAUCUGUGGAGCGUCAUCGGGAUGCCUGGUGGCCGCGGCGUUGACCGUGGGACUUCCCAUUGAACAUUUGUUUGCAGACUUGUUGGCGGCAGCCAAAGAGGCUAGAAAACAUUGCCUGAGCGUCUUCCACCCGAGCUUCAGCCUCCUGCGAACGGUGCGCAACUCUCUGCGAGAGAAACUUCCGGAAGAUGCCCACCGGCGCGCCACAGGGAGGCUGUGCGUGUCCCUCACCAGGGUAAGCGACGGGAGCAACGUUCUGGUGUCCCACUUUGACAGUAGGGAGGAGCUCAUACAGGUACUAAUGUGCAGCUGCUUCUUUCCUGUCUACUGUGGCUUCAUCCCGCCCUCCUACCGUGGACAGUUGUACAUUGAUGGGGCCCUGAGCAACAACAUGCCGCUGUUGGAACAUCCUAACACCAUCACGGUGGCCCCAUUCUGCAGCGAGAGCGACAUUAGCCCCAAAGAUGGUGCAUGGACCGCUAUCUCCAUACACUGCAGUAACCUCAGCAUGCAGGUGACUGCGGGAAACGUGCGACGCAUCUACACCUCCUUCCUGCCCCCUGCCCCAAAGGAGCUGGCUGAGAUCUUCCACAGUGGCUACAAGGAUGCUCUUCGCUUCCUGAGACAAGAGGGUAAAAGUUCAAUAUCAGCAACCUUCCUUUUAAAAAUGUUUUCUGUACACAAAUCUACGCUUUCCAGAACUGCUCGGAACAUCUUUUCCGGAAGAGCAGGUGGACAAGGUGGAAGUUGCAAAGGCAGCCUUUGGGGGACAACGCAGGAGCACAAAUUGUUCAAAUAAAAAAUAGUAUCCCAAUCAGUGAGACAAAAAGGGACAUUAAACCCUUAAAAAAUAUGUUAAAACUGUUAAAAAUGUUUUAAGUCACAUUUGAACACUGUGAACUGUUUUAAAAGGGGAAAAAUAACUUUAGAUUCUUUUGUGUACUGUGUGCAUCCACACGUGUGUGUGUGUGUGUGUGUGUAGCGCUGUGUAUGGCGUAUAGGGGUGCAGGCGAUAUCGUUGGAAGCCAGGGCUCAUGUCCACUCAAAGGUUUUUACUACAUACAGACUCCACUGGUGUUGGCGCUUUAGUUGAUGUUCCUUUUAAAGAGAUAGAGACACAAAGGCUUUACAUUUAUUACAGAGCAGUGAUUAAAUUGAAAAACAAAAAUUAACGCUGCCAAGUAAACGUCACAGGUUAUUUAUUUCACAGCUUUGUAGGUGUUGCAUAAGGGGCGGUUAUGAUUACACCUAAUGAAUUCUGACGAGCAACAAGCCACAAAUUACUGUUCUGCAUGCUAGGUGUUAUUUAAUUUGAGAUGUAUUGUACCCAUGAUUUUGAUUGGCGGCCUGCUGAGGACGACCAACAAGCGGCAAAGAGAAAAGUGUUUGCCAUGAAAGCAGCAGCAGCAGGUGGUUUGUGUGUGUAUUUGUGUAUAAUUUAAGGGUGCUAUUCAGGUUUUUUUGUGAGAAAUUAAAUCAAUGUAAAGACAUUUGAAUAAAUAAAAUAUGAACGCAUUCAUUUUAAAAAUGUGAAUUAACUAAAGUCUGUUUAUUAUAUAAUGACACAAUACUUGAUAGACUAUUUAAUCAUUUCAAGAAAUUACCUUUUUAAUUACUCAGUGGCAAUUUUAUUGAAUGUGUAUUUAUUUAAUGGCAUUUUUAGUAAAUAUAAUUUUUAAAAUAGUAUUUUCUUAUUUAAUAGAAUAUUUAUUUAAUGAAUGGCAUUUUUAAUAUAACUUUUACUUAUUUUUAUUCAACAGAUUUUUUAUUUCAUGACAUUUGUGUUUCUAGCAUCUGCAUGAUAAAAUGUUUUAUUGGACAUUUUAAUUUUUUAUGACAUGUAUUUGAUGCCUUUUUUAUUUAUUAAAUGGGCUUUUAAUUUCAUGUUUCUGCAUCACACUGAAAAGUACUUUAUUAAACUCUAUUUAAUGGCCUUUAUAUUUAUUUAAUUUCACUACAACCAACGUUCCAGUAUUUGUCAUUAUGGAGCUUGAUUAUUAUUUUAAUUUUUUUGUCAUCCAGUGUAUCUGCGAAGAAGAAACGCAGCAGAUUGGACUUGUACUCUGAAAAAAAUAUUGACCAAUUAUUUUUUUCUUUAAU